AAUAAUGCGCUCUCAAUCUCAUAAAAGCUGGGCGUUCUUGGAAUGGCAUUUUGUCGACUCGCUUGCUUUCCUCGUUCAUCUGCUUCGCUGAUUCUGGUCUCCACCACCACCAUCACCACGACGACGAUCAAUCCUAUUCAUCUCACUCUUUCAUCCCCUAACUACCCUUCCCUGAUUCUCGAUCUCUCUUCGCUUCACAAAUCUCUCCCUUCGCUUCCCUUGCGUUCUUCUCAUUCCUCUAAUUCUUCACGACCGUCGGAUUCCAUGGAAGCUCCUCCGGCAGGUUACCGUCGAAAUGUUGGUAUAUGUCUGAUGAAUGAUGAUAAAAAGGUUUUUUCUGCUUCGAGGCUGGAUAUACCUAAUGCUUGGCAAAUGCCGCAGGGUGGUAUUGAUGAAGGUGAGGAUCCAAUUAAUGCAGCUAUCAGGGAAUUGAGAGAGGAGACAGGAGUGAAGUCAGCAGAAGUUGUUGCAGAGGUACCUUAUUGGUUAACAUAUGACUUCCCACCACAUGUUAGGGAGAAACUGAAAGUUCAGUGGGGAUCUGACUGGAAGGGCCAAGCUCAGAAAUGGUUUCUAAUGAGAUUCACUGGGCAAGAUCAAGAAAUCAAUCUUUUAGGCGAUGGUACUGAGAAAGCUGAGUUUGGGGAUUGGUCAUGGAUGUCACCAGAACAAGUAAUUGAGUUGGCUGUAGAUUUCAAGCAGCCUGUCUACAAGGAAGUCCUUGCCGUGUUUGCUCCAUUUCUCCAAAAGUGAUACUAAAGUUGUUGAAUGUGCCAUAUCUUCCUAAUUGUGUGGGCUUUUAAUGAUUGUUACUGUCACUGAGGGGAUUAAGGACAUUACUGUUUUUGGCAACAUGAAUAGGGUUAUUAGCUGUGAUUAUUAUCGGCAUCUCUGCCCAUUUUUAUUGCAAAAUAGGCACCGAGCCAAUAAGCUAAUAGUUCCCAUAAAGCUAACUUUAGUGUUAAAGAUAAACUUGAUGCCAGGUGUUCUAUACUAGUCAUUUACUGUUUUCUAGUUUGAAGUGGGGAAAAAGUGUAACGUGGAAUAUUGCUUUUGUAAUUUUUUUUUAAAAAGGAAGUGCCAUUAAAAUC